AUGGCGCAGAUGGUCUUACGGAUGGCGUGCUAUCUGACAAAUCAGAAUCGGGGUCCCUUUACCCAUCGUCAUUAUCCCGGGGCGACAAACAACGCAAGCGUCAUCGACAUUACGACAAUACACACUUACACUACGGCAUCAACAGCAGUUCAGCAGCCUGGAGGCCACUCCACGUCGUUUGAGCCUCUGACUAACCAAGUACACGACACGAAGACCAUACAAGCGGAGAAGCACCGUGUCCGUACUUCGUUGAACUAUUACAAGGACCCUGGGGACGGAAGCCCACCACCGCCAACCUACGUCGGAAAACCAGAGACCUACGAAAGGCCCUCUGAGCCUCUCGAGGUAACCAUCUAUGACAUUCGAGGCGAGGAGGACAAGUAUACACUUGACGAACAAGGCUUUCAGAUCCACAAACACUCCAGCGUCGAGAAGGACUUUCUUGAUGACGAGAAGAUCAAAGCCCAGUACUACCCGGAGGUUGAACAAUUGCUCAAGGACGCGACCGGCGCAUCUCGCGUCUUCAUUUUCGACCAUACCAUCCGCCGCGCACCUGCAGACCAGCGCACCACCGAUCGCAAGGCCGCGAUCAACCUUCGCGGCCCCGUUAACUGCGUGCACAUCGACCAGAGCUACAGCGCAUCAAAGUCGCGGGUGCCACACCACCUGCGCGAGGAAGCAGACCGGCUCCUGCAGACACGCUACCAGAUCAUCAAUGUGUGGCGCCCGAUCAAGAAAAUCCUGAAGGACCCUCUCGCCGUUGCGGACGCGCACAGCGUGCCCGAGUCCGACCUCAUCCCCGUCGGCUUGAUCUACCCGAACCGUAAGGGCGAGACGCUGACCGUGCGCCCUAAUCCUGAUCAAAAGUGGUACUUCCUCUACGGCCAGGAGCCCAACGAGGUUACGCUGAUUAAAUGUUUUGACUCGAAGCUUGAUGGCCGCGCGAGAAGGAUUCCGCACACUGCAUUCAGUAAUCCCGCGCAUGUCGACGACUACUCAAGGGAGAGUAUUGAGGUUCGGACGCUUGUGUUCCAUGAGGACCAGCCUGCCGAGGAGGGUGGGCCCAGGGUUUGA